AUGCCCCCAUCACAUACUCCUACUUUCAACUAUCACGAUCACUUUGGAAUCGGCAAUACUGGCAGACGGAGGGGUAUUCGUCCAAUUGAUCAUAAUAAUGUUACUCCUGUCCCAGGAUCUCUUUCAUUUGGUGGAGAUGCACAAGACGAAUUCGAUUCGACCGGCACAGACGUUUUAAGUGAAGCAGAAGAAGACGAGGAGGAUGAAGAGGAAGGGGAAGGCGAAGAUGAAUCUGAAGCUGAGGAUGUACUUGGGGAAAUGGAAAAUGUGGAUGAGGAUGAGGAUAUAGGCUUGGAGGAAGCGCCAGUUCAAGUCGCCAUGGACAAUUCGCUGCCAUUUGACCCUACCGCACUUGGAUUGAAAGAGAUUGGAAAUUUAGCCAGCUGGACUGUUUCUAGUAGUAAACCCGGUUGCGGUGUUCUUGCACUCAGAGACGAUGACACCAAUUUAUUUUGGCAAUCCGAUGGACCUCAACCCCACUAUCUGAAUAUUCACUUUGCCAAAUUCGCAAAGAUCCGUGCCAUUCGUAUCUUUCUGGAUUUCGAAGCCGAUGAGUCCUAUACACCGACGCGUAUACAAUUGCUUGGAGGCACAGGCUACCAUGACCUAAUUCCAUUCUCCGAACUCUCGUUUGUUCAACCCAAGGGCUGGAUUGAUGUUAAUCUUGACCAUGUGGGGGGAGGCUCAGAUGGCAAGACACUUCGCGCAUUCAUUAUACAAGUCAAGGUGUUGGAGAACCAUCAAAAUGGAAAGGAUACACAUGUUCGUGGACUGAAAAUUUAUUCUCACGAUGAACGACAUGAAUCUCCCCCACCAUCGUGUUUUGAAGAUGGUGGUGACUCUUGCUCUUCAAUCGAUCCUAACGACUUCAGAGGACCCGACGAUGAUCUUGAGAGCGGAGAUGCAAGUGGUGAUGAUGAUCAUUUCUGGAGGGAUUUUACACAUGCUAGAAUGGGUGGACUCAAAAUGCCAGACCUAAGUGGUUUGAGUGAACCUGGAUUCAUGUCCGAGCCAGAGUUGCGGUAA